CGGACAUUGGUGAUUCUGUGGUAACAGCUGACAGCUUGCCAGGCAUGUUGCAUUCUACUCGAUUCAGCCUGCAUUUCAAUUUCAUAAUUGGAAUCGUACAUAUUUUCUGAAAGAAAACAUUUCUUCAAAACUCACUUGUAAGUUUAGGUUUGGAUUUUUUAACUUGCAAAACAUUAACAUUUCUUAAAACAGUUAUUUGAUUUUCUGACAAUAUGAUGGUGCGUAGGAAAACUGUGGACUUAUCAGAAAAUCUUACCACAUUGAUGAUUUUCAUUAUUCUUUCUGUCGAACUGUCGAAUGCAGCACUUACCGUGUAUUAUGGACAAGUUGAGGAAAACGCACCGGCUGGGACCCAAGUAGAGGGGUUAUUAAUACCUGUGUGGAAAAAAUGCCCAGGUUUAAUUCGGAAAUCCGUACUGGACUUUACUUUAGAGGGGGAAAAUGCGUCAGACUUUCAUCCUGAUUACCACGGAGAAGGACGCCUACUUUUGAAAACCACAAAAACUUUAGAUCGAGAACUGAAGGCGGUUUAUGAUUUGACCGCAACUCCACCAGUCAGUGUCUGUUCUAAUACCACUGUGAGGAUAGAAAUCAAAGUGCUUGAUCUAAACGAUAAUAGACCUCGAUUCAUUAAAAAAAGUCAAAUCCUUGAAAUUGACGAACUUACACCGAUAGGUGCAGAAUUAAUGCAGUUGUCCGCUUUGGAUCGUGACAGUGGAGAAAACGGUAGAAUCGCGUACUAUGCAUUCCCCCCAAAUGAACUUUUAUUCGUUGUUCCAAAAAAUGGAAGGGUAAUUCUUGUUAAAUCUCUAAUAGGCAGAAAAACUAUUACCCUCUGUGCUUUUUCUAAAGAUAAUGGAAACAUUGCAUUGCAAAGCGAACCGGUUACAUUUCAAUUUAAGGUUAGAAGACCUGAUGUAGAGGGAAAUUCCUGCGAAGUUAGGAAGCCAAGGGCAUUUUCUGAAGAAAUGUUCUAUACUGUAAGCGUUUCCGAAGAUGUAAAAGUUGGGGACAUGAUUUUCAGCGUUCCUGACCUAAAGUUUGAAAAGAAGUGGUUCGAGGUAAUUUCUGAGGCCGAUUCCCCAGUACAGAUUGAAAGAGACUCUGGCAGGCUUUAUUUAGCCCAAAAACUGAAGAGCGCAGCGGACGUUAUUAUAAAAAUACAGAACGUGGAAGGGGACGACUGGUACCUGUGCCGCUUGACUCUAACUGUCCCCAGUCUGGCGGACCUGGAAUGGACGAUGUUUCCUUUUCCCUACCUGGCUGCAGUGGCCCCUGAUGCAGCCAAGGGCACUGUGGUCUAUCAACUCUCAGUGCAUCACAGAGGGAGUGUGGGCUCCUCAGAGGCAGCACAGUUCACUUUGAUCGAAGGUAGCAAAGAGUAUUUUGAGGUGGACUGGGACAGCGGAGAGAUCAGGACCACUGGCUGGCCACUCACGCCACAGAGCGUGUAUGUGCUAACAGUGCAGGCUGUCGACAGGCUCGGAAGGAGGGGCCCCUAUGCAUCCAUAUCUAUCCUAGCUGGCUUUCGGCCCCCGCAGUUCACCAACAUGUCAUACACAGUGUUCGCUCCUGAGAAUACUGCAGCAGGACAAGCGGUUGCUGUCAUGAAGGCCAUUUCCUUCCAGCGCAAGCCCCUGUCCUACACUUUGCUGUUCAAUCCCAGCAGCCUGUUCAGCAUUAACCAGGAGAGUGGGGUGCUGAGUCUAACACGCAGUGUGGACUAUGAGAGUGAGCACCACCUUCAUCACCUGCAGGUGGGAGCAAUGGAGCAGGGCACUGGGCUGAGCACCGUGACAGAGGUGGUGGUUCAUAUCAGCGAUGAAAAUGACUGCACCCCAGAAUUCCUCCACUCCAUCUACAGUCGAGACAAUAUUCCUGAGACCAUCCCACCUGGCACGUCCUUACUGCAAGUGCUGGCAAGAGACUGUGACACAGGCCAAAACUCUGAGAUUUCCUUCUUCAUCCAGAGCAAUGAUUUUGACAUCACACCCCAGGGAGUUAUUAGCUCCAGGCAGCAGCUGGACUAUGAGCGUGUAAAUCACAUGUAUGAGUUUGUGGUGAUGGCUGUGGACAAGGGCUACCCUUCCAGAACUGGCACUGCGUCCGUGCGAAUCCGAAUGGCCAAUGUUAAUGAUGAGGCUCCUGUCUUCUCCCAAGCUGUCUACAAGUCUUUCCUUUCUGAGGACGCUGGUCCUGAUACUCUAGUGGCCAUUGUCCAUGCCAAGGACCCUGAUGGAGAUGCUGUGACAUAUGCUAUCACAGGGGGAAACGAGGACAGCAACUUUGAGCUGGACAGUCAGAAAGGGAUUAUCAAAUUGCGUAAGAGUCCCUCACCUAAACUCAGAGGACCCCAGUAUAUCUUGAACAUCACAGCCACAGAUGACAAUUCUGCAGGAGGACCCCAGGCGCUUAGCAGCUCAGCCCAGGUCAUUGUGGGGAUCAAUGACAUCAACAACAACAAACCAAUCUUUGAGGAGUGUCAUACAUACAGUGUAAAUGCCUUUGUCCAGGAGAACCAACCUCCAGGAACCUUUGUGCUGAGGGUGGAUGCCUAUGAUGCAGACACAGGAGUGAACGGAGAGGUCAAGUAUGGAAUAAUGCACCGAGAUGGAACCACCUCAGGAUUUGUCAUCAAUCCAGAUACAGGAGACAUCAGCACUGCCAUGAGCUUUGAUCGGGAGAAGCAAAAGGAAUACACACUCUCAGUGACAGCCACGGACAUGGCUCAGGAGCCUCUCAUUGGGAUCUGCCAAAUAACUGUCAUGAUUGCUGACGAGAAUGAUAAUGACCCAAAGUUUGAAAACAGCCGCUACCAGUAUUUCCUGCGCGAGGACACUCCUGUGGGGACAAGUUUCUUGCGAGCCGCAGCCCACGAUGAUGACCAGGGGCCCAAUGCUGCUAUUACCUACUCCCUGUCUUACCAGCAGCCCGCCUACUUACACAUUAACCCAAACACUGGCUGGAUUUAUGUCAAUCAUCCCAUCUCCCAGACCUCACAGAUUAGUCAGCAGAUCAUCGCCAAGGAUGGAGGAAAUAGAAGCAGCUCCGUGGAGCUGACAGUGAUCAUCACUAAUGUGCACAACCAGCCACCUCAGUGGGAGCAGGACCAGUAUUGGGUCACUAUUCCAGAAAACACUGUGCGGGACACAAAGAUAGUGAUGAUAAAGGCAACUUCCCCUCUUGGUGAUCCCAGAGUCACCUAUAAUCUGGAGGAGGGUCAGGUCCCAGAAACCAACAUGCCUGUGAGAUUCUACAUCAAGCCCAACCGACAGGAAGGAUCAGCCUCCAUUCUCGUGGCAGAGCCUCUGGACUAUGAGACCACAAGGUUCUUCACAUUGCGAGUCAGGGUGCAGAAUGUAGCUGCUGUUCCACUGGCCUCCUUCACCACUGUCUAUGUCAAUGUCACAGAUGUCAACGACAAUGUCCCUUUCUUCAUGUCUUCAACCUACGAGGCAACGGUACAGGAGGGAGCUGAAAUUGGGACAUCUGUAGCCCAGGUCUCAGCCACAGACCUGGACUCAGGGCUUCAUGGCAUGAUAAACUAUAUCAUCCUAAAGGAUCACAGUGGGGAUUCCCAGGUGUUCAGCAUUAACCCUCAGACUGGGGUGAUAUAUACCCGGGCCUCAUUUGACAGGGAGCAGAAAAGCUCAUACCUGAUUGAAGUCCAGUCACAGGACAGCUCUGAAUCUGCUCGGCCAGGACAGCGGGGACAGCCGAACACAGACACUGCUUACGUGCGGGUCUUUGUCAUGGAUGUCAAUGACAAUGCUCCUGCCUUCCCUCAGUCAGUGUACGAAGUCAGCGUAGAGGAAGACAAAGAUGUUGGCUUCAUUGUCUUGACCGUGACAGCCAAUGACGAAGAUGAAGGGGCCAAUGCUAAACUUAGGUACCAGAUCACUUCAGGCAAUUCCAAAGGAACGUUUGAUGUGGAGCCUGAAGUUGGGACGAUCUUCAUAGCACAGCGAUUGAACUAUGAACAGAACCAGCACUACGAACUGAGACUGGUGGCAUCUGAUGGAAAAUGGGAGAAUCAGACACUUGUCAUCAUCAACGUCAUCAACCAGAAUGAUGAGGCACCCAUUUUCAGCCAGAGCGAGUAUCACAGCAGCGUAAUGGAGGAGCUCACUAAGCUGCCUGUGCUUGUGUUACAGGUAUCAGCCACGGAUCCAGACCAAGAGGCAGACCAGAGCGCCCUGCGUUACUCUUUGCAUGGCCAAGGUGCUGAUAGCGAGUUCACCAUUGAGGCUCUGACUGGGAAGAUUUAUGCCCAGAAAAAGCUUGACAGAGAGGGGCGCUCUGUGUGGCAAUUCCUAGUCCUGGCCACGGAUGAGAAUGGGGCAGGUCUCACUGGGUUUGCUGAUGUCAUUGUAGAAGUGCAAGAUGUCAAUGACAACUCUCCUGUCUUCUUGUGUGCUAUUGACAGCUGUUUUGUGGGCUAUGUGCUGGAGAACUCCCCAGCUGAUACUUCCAUUAUGGAAAUGACUGCCACUGAUUUGGACGACCCUAAGGCCAACAAGAACGCAAUUCUAACUUACAGGAUAGUGCAGAAUGUACGCAAUGAGAUCAACCUUAACCUUUUUUCCAUCAACCCCUUCACUGGAACUAUCUAUACUGUCCUCAGGUCCCUAGAUAGAGAGGUAGAAGACAAAUAUCUAGUGGUGGUGGAAGCCAGGGAUGGAGGAGGCCUAACAGGAACUGGGACGGCCACAAUUAUAGUGUCAGACAUUAAUGACCACCCUCCUGUAUUCACACAGAGGGUAUAUAUGGCUUCUGUGACUGAAAGCUUGGACAUCAACAGUGAAGUGCUUGUGAUGUCAGCCACUGAUGGAGAUGAGGGGGAAAAUGCCAUGAUGACCUUCAGCAUUGUUGGUGGAGACGAAGACCGCAAAUUCUUCAUUGAGACAGAUAAGAUGAACCGACGGGGGACCAUCAGGCUGAAGAAGAAGAUUGACUUUGAAAAACCCCAUGAGCGGACAUUUAACUUGACAGUGAAGGUGGAGGACAUGGAUUUCUUUAGUUUAGCCUACUGUGUUAUCCAGGUGGAAGACUCCAAUGACCAUGCUCCUGUAUUCUUCCCCCAGUUCUAUGAGGCAGAGACCUUGUUUGAGGAUGUCCCAGUCGGCACGAUCAUUGCCCAUGUCACAGCUGUUGAUCUAGACUCAGGGCAAAAUGGAAGAUUCACCUACAGCAUUGAACCUGAGUCAGAUCCAUACGAACAGUUCUUGGUGGACAAGGCUGGUUCGGUUUUAGUAGCUGAUUCCUUGGAUCGGGAAAAAAUAGCCCAGCACCGCCUCCUGCUACAUGCCACAGAUAUGGGAAAUCCGUCCCUGACCGGCACAGCUAUAGUCUUAGUUUCAGUGCAAGAUGUUAAUGACAAUGGACCAGAUUUUGAGGUACCGUAUCAUCCUAUAGUAUGGGAGAACACGGGUGCACCCCAGGUUGUCCAAAUGAAUGACUCUUCACUCUUGCUCUAUGCCAAAGACAAUGAUACACCUCCCAAUGGUGCACCCUUUUCUUUCCAGCUGUUGAUGGAGAGCCCUGGUGUGAGUAGUUUCAACCUUACUGACUUGAAAAAUGGCAGUGCUCUGAUUACAGCGCUGCAAACUUUUGAUAGAGAAGAACAGAAACAAUACUGCUUACCUAUUUUAAUGACUGACAGUGGCAGUCCUCCUAUGAGUGCAACCAAUACGCUGACAAUCACCAUCGGCGACAGAAAUGAUCAUCCACAUGUGGCAGGGCACAUAGAAUUUAUUAUCUACAGCUAUGAGGGUAUACUUCCAACAACGGUGCUGGGCCAAGUUCAGUCCCCUGACCUAGAUGACUGGAAUGAAAAGGUUUACAGAUUUGAAGGCAAACCAUCCAGGUAUUUUAUAUUAAAUCCAAACUCAGGGCAGCUCAGUAUCCAAGAGGGGACUCCUUCUGGGUCAUAUAGUUUACAAGUCCGAGUGGCAGAUAAAACCUGGCCAGAUGUCACCUCAACGGUAGAAGUCACUGUCAAAGAUCUGAAGGAAGAAGCUCUCCAGAAUGCAGGCUCUGUACGAAUAACCAACAGUACAGUUGAGGAAUUUGUAUCAGCCCCAGAGGGAAAGGAAAGCAGGUACUUCAGAUUGAAGAGUCUGCUUUCUGAGAUUAUUCCAGCUGACCUGGACAACAUUCACAUCUUCAGUGUGGCCAGUAGCAGACUACGCCCCAGUGAAGUCAAUGUGUGGUUUGCAGCUCAUGGUUCCCGCUAUUACAAAGCUGAAAAACUCAAUGGAAUUGUGGCAGCAUACAAAUCAAAGCUAGAGGCUGCCAUGGGUGUGACCAUUUUGCAAGUAGGGGUGGAUGAGUGUGCCUACAGUGACUGCAGCCAUGCAACUGGUUGUUCCAGUAUCAUUUCCUUCAGCAACACCCCCACAGCGCUCAACAGUGGAAAUGUUUCUCUGGUCUCCGUCACAGCCUCUGUCAACACGCAGUGCACCUGUUCAGCACGUGAGAGGCUUCCCCUCUCCUGCUCCUCCUAUCCCCAUGGCCCCUGUCUGAAUGGGGGCACUUGUAUUGACAGUGAUCUGGGCUACAGAUGUAAAUGCCCUCCAAUGUUUGAUGGGCCUGAGUGUCAACAAACAAAGCAUACUUUCCAUGGUCAUGGUUAUGCCUGGUUCACUCCUAUAAAACCCUGCUUUCAGAGUCACAUAUCCUUGGAGUUCAUCACUGAAACAGCCAAUGGGCUUCUGUUUUACAAUGGGCCCAUAGCACAAGCUCAGCCUGGGGAUAAUGAGGACUUCAUAGCACUGGAACUGAAGAAUGGAGUCCCUUCUCUAAGUGUCAGCUAUGGCUCAGGUACCCUACAGCUGCAGCUUCCCUCUACGGCAGCUGUGACAGACCGGCGGUGGCACCGAAUCGAUAUCAUUAGUGAUGGGAAGUCAGUACAGCUCAUCCUAGACCGCUGCUCUGGAGCCUUGGUCAACGAAUUUGAAGGCUUUGUGGUGGAGGUGCUAGAAACCGACCAGACACUGUGCAAAGCAACAGGAGAAACCCCUGGAAAGGAGAGGUUCCUUGAUGUUAAUCAGCCUUUGCAGCUCGGUGGCAUGAAGGAGUCCUUCCCUUUCCGGAGGACACAACUGCACUUCACGGGUUUUGUGGGCUGUGUGAGAAAUCUGAUUGUGGAUAGUCAGGUAUAUGACCUGGGGUGUCCUGCAGAGAGCCUAAACAGUGCCCCUGGCUGUGCUCUAACAGAUGGAGUGUGUCUGACUGCUGGGGGACCUUCCUGUGGCAUCCAUGGGAAGUGCCGGGGGGAGUGGGGGUCAUUUAGCUGUGACUGUCACCCAGGCUACAGCGGACACAAGUGUGACAAAGCCCUUCCAGAAUGGUCUUUUGAGAAGGAUAGCGUACUCCGAUACCAAUUACGGGGGGGUGGCAGUGCUCGCAGAACACAUGCCCAGCUGCUCCUGCGCACACGUACCCCCUCUGGAACUCUGCUAAGCAUGACCUCAAGGGACUCCAAUGAAUACAUCGUUAUGGAGAUGGUGGACGGGCACUUUGGCGUGAGGGCAAAUCUUGGUGAUGGAGACCAUUACCUCCAGUUGCCAGCAUUGCGCAUCGACAACGGCCAGUGGGUCUUACUCAGCCUUGAUCGCCAUGACAAUGUGUUCACACUGCGCCUGGACCAGGGAGGUGGAGCACGUGAGAUCACUGCUAUGCUUGGUCACAAGAGAGAGAUCAUUGUUCACCCAUCUAGUGUGUUGCUGGGAAACAACCUCUCUGACUACCAGCAUAGUGACUUUCAAGGCUGCAUGCAAGAUGUGAGGCUGAACGGGCAUUCCUUGCCCCUGGAUGGGAAGAGCACAGAGUUCCACACUGUCCUGGAGCGCCGUGGAGUCCUGCCAGGCUGUCACUCUGACGCCUGCAGCAGCAAGCCCUGCCGCAGCCCGCUAUACUGCGUGGACCUGUGGAGGAAACACGAGUGCAGGUGUCCAGCUGGCAAGAUGACAGUGGAGGAUGGUAUUUCUGGGCUUCUGCACUGUGUCCCCUCCCCAUGUGGACCAUCUGUCUGCAGGAAUGGGGGCACCUGUGUUGCCCAGUCUCCCAGGAGCUUCACAUGCGUCUGCAUGGAGGGAUAUAAAGGCCAGUGGUGUGAAGUCAGUCUGGUGAAAGCAGGAAGAAUGGCUGUCCUCAGUCCCAGUUCCAUCCUGGCCAUCAGCAUGUGCCUGCUGGUUUUCUUUGCUGUUCUUGUGGCUGUGACUGUGUGGAACCAGAAGGGCAGCCCCAGCAAAUUCCAGAAAAGAGGUGUUUAUCACAUUCCAGCUGAGCACGAGAGCUGGGAGGACAUUCGUGAAAACAUCCUCAACUACAAUGAAGAGGGUGGAGGUGAGCAGGACCAGAAUGCAUAUGACAUCACAGAGUUGAAGAGGCCACUGUGCUCCAGUUUGUCGCAAUCCUCCUCCGGCACCACAGCACCCCUCCUAAAGUCUUCCCAGGGAUCACAGGAAGAGGUUCACCCAGGCACGAUGGCAAGCUACCAUCAGAAUGCUACUGGUGUUGCUAGCGGCCCCACAGACUUCAAAAGCUAUGUUUCCCGCAUUAUUUGGGAAGCAGACAAUGAUGAUCAGUCUUUCCCAAUGGACUCUUUUCAAAUUUACCGCAUAGAGGGACUGGAUUCCCCAGUGGGCAGUCUCAGCACUUUGGUGUCUGAAGGUGAGGAGGACUUCACUUAUGAUUGCCUACAGGAGUGGGGUUCAAAAUUUGAAAUGCUGAGUGAGCUCUACCGGCGGCCAGAAUUUGUCCUGACAUACAGAGAUAUUAUGCAAAAGGAAAAUCCCUUUUGAUGGUGCCACCAUCCCUAAGUUAUUGUUACUAUUUUGAAUAUUUUUAUGGGAUACGGGGAGAAGAGGGUGAACAAACAAAAAGCUCCUCUUUUUUAACUAAGUUGCUGAGACAUCAGAAAACGUUUAAAAGAGCCAAAAGCUCGGAAGAUUUAGGAGGAUAUUUUUUUCUUCAUGGUGUUUCUAAUCUUUUUAGAAUGCAUUUUCUAAUCCUCUUAUCCAGUACAGGGUCAUAGGACUGAGCUGGAGCAUAAUUUGGCAUGCACAGAGUGCAAGGCAGGAUACACCCUGAAUGGGACACCAUUCCAUCGCAGGGCGCACACAGUCAAACCAGGGCCAAUUUUUAUGGAAGCCAAUUAACUUACCAGCAUGUCUUUGGGCAGAAAUUGGAGAACCUAGAGGAAACCCAUGUAAAAAUGGGAAAAACAGACAAACGCACCACAGAUUAGCUCCCCAGGAAAAAAUAUAUUUAUUAUACAGUACAUAACUUUUAAAUGGGAACAGCACAUUGCCAUUGCAUAUAGAAAGAAUUGUGUUGUAAUUUUACUCAUCAAGUAAACACAUUUUAACUUGAAGUUGAUUAAGCCAUAAAAAAGAACUGGGGAUUAUAUAUUUUUCUCUUACCUGUAUUAAUAUAUUAUUUUUAAAAUCCUCUAUAGUUCAGAGCUGUCGUUCCCUAUCAUUUGUAACUUUCUUAGGUCUUAGGUACUAAUCUAACAGACUGACUACAACACCACAGCUGAUCACAUACUUUGAGAGCACUUCACUCAUGAGCUCAUACUAGCUAGGAGAUGAGACUCCAAGCAAACUAUUCAACACGGUUCCAUAAUCUGAUUUCAUUUGCACAAGCAGAGGAAUCUCUAUGUUCUAACAUGGAUUAGUGAAUCAAUUUACGAGAGAAAAAAUUAGGCGCUGAUAGCAAAAAACACCUUAAAGUCACUAUGCUGGUAAAUAAAAAUGCUCAGCUUCAUUGCAGAGUUUGUGUACUUUUUAUAGGUAGGAUGGAUGGAGUAGGUUAUGAAUCUCAAAUGAAAAAAACUUGCUUUACAGACAGUAAUUUGUAUGAAUUAUUUCUUUUUUUUACUUGUUGAGGAAUGGAGCUGGGGUAGAGUAACACUUUGGUGUGCUGAUUUACCCAAUGUUUUUGCUUAAACAUGAAUCCAGUUAUUCUGAAAAAAUCAUCUUUGAAACACACAACAAGAGUGCCAUUGAAAUACAAAUGUAACUGCAUCACAUUUUUGUAUAUUUGUACAGUAAAUAUCUCAAUAUCUUUAUUUUUUCUUGUUUUUUGACAAAUUGUAAUCUUCUAAUGAGCUAUCAUAUUGAAUCAUCCAACAUAUGUGAAUAGCAAGAGUGAUACAGGAAGGUGAGGGGAUAAACUGAAAGACUUAUGUACUAGUGCUCACAAUCAAAAAUGUAAAGUUCAUUUUUACUGUGGUGAUUUCUCACAAAAACUGUCACAAAAACUUAAAAAGAGAAUGACCUUAUACCCUCCAUUGACAAUUAACAUAUUGUAGUAAUGUCAGUGCACUGUAAUGCAUGUUAUUUGUACCAUGGUACUCAUGACACAGUAACCAUGUUGUGGUGCAUACCAUUCUAUAACUAUUGCUUCUAAUUUUGUAAGGAGAGCUGUCCUUCUAUGUUGUAUAUAAUGUACAUAGUGUUGUUUUGUAGCCACCUAAUGUCUGAUAUUCCUUUUGUACAUGACUUUUAAUAAAACUAUUUUCCUCAGGAUGUUACAUAGUGUUUGGUGUUUAUCUCUGAAAUAAAGAUAGCCAAAUAU